AUGGCACCCGCUCUUCGCAGCGCUGCUGCAGAGAAAUCUCGCCCUCGCAAGGAGGCUGCUGGAGUCAAGAAAUCUUCCCCCCGCAAGGAGGCUGUUGCAGUCAAGAAACCUCGCCCCCGCAAGGAGGCUGUUGCAGUCAAGAAACCUCGCCCCCACAAGGAGGCUGCUGCAGUCAAGAAACCUCGCCCCCACAAGGAGGCCAAGAUGAGACUCGACGACAGCAUCGCUCGCUGCCCCGGCGGUACCCCAGCAUACCAGCACAGAAAGGAGUUCCUUCUCAUUCGUCCCUGUUGUACCGAGGGCGAAGUCAUCAUGGCACGCGGGGCCGAUUACAAGCCACUGCGCACCUACAGAAACGUCGAGGAUGGCAAGAAGAAGCCGGUCCGCCUUACUCGGGAAGAGUAUUGCGUGAUUCGAGAUUGGCGUAUCCGAAACGGGGUGGCUCCCUUUAGAGAGCCAAAGUUUGACACCAAGUGGGGUUGGAACCAUGAAGACGCGUGGGAUGUCUAUUACAUGACUCACACCGAUGAGGAUCCAGCCCACCGUUAG